UAGUAACAGCUCCCUCUCCAGCUUGUCAUUUUUGACAGGCGUGCCUAGUUUUCCUUAAAAUCCCAUAUAAAUUCAUCAAAAAAAGCCCGAAAAUAGGUUGAACAAUGGCUCAAUACGACCUUACAUCAAAAAUAGGCCAAUACCUCGAUCGGCACUUGGUAUUUCCGCUGCUAGAGUUCCUCUCCGCCAAGGAGAUCUACGAUGAAACCGAGGUGCUUAAGGCCAAACUGGAUAUCCUCAGUAAAACCAACAUGAUAGACUACGCGAUCGAUAUCAGGAAACAGUUGUAUCCCCACGAAGAGGGCCCCGAUGACCUGAAGCAGCGGAGGCAACAUGUUGUCGCCCAGUUGCAGGAGCUGCAGCAGGAAGUCGAGCCCAUUUUGCAGAUAAUGGGCAACGAGGACGUCAUGAAGAACAUGGAGAAUAUGAGGGAUUCGAAAGCUUUGAUUGCUUAUUUGGAGAAAGAGAUGAAGUUCGACAUGGACCUGAUCAACUCGCUCCACGCCCUAGCGAAGUACCGCUACGAGUGCGGCAACUACUCGGUCUCCACGUCGUAUCUCUACUUCUGCAUGCUCGUGUUACCCCCGAGCGACAAAAACUACUUGAGCGCCCUCUGGGGCAAGUUCGCCUCCGAAAUCUUAGUCCAGAACUGGGACUCGGCCCUCGAGGACCUGAACAAACUGCGCGAGCACAUCGACAACAGCCCGAACCAGUUCGGGGCGAACAGCCUGCAGCUGCUGCAGCAACGCACCUGGUUGAUCCACUGGUCCUUGUUUGUCUUCUUCAAUCACGCCAUGGGCAGGGAGUUGAUCAUCGAGAUGUUCCUGUAUAGGCCCCACUACUUGAACGCCAUCCAGACCAUGUGCCCCCACAUCCUAAGGUAUCUGGCUACCGCGGUGAUCAUUAACAGGGGGCGCAGGUCUGCCCUCAAAGACUUGGUCAAGGUGAUCCAGCAGGAGAGUUACACCUAUCGGGAUCCAAUCACCGAGUUUCUGGAGGAUUUGUAUGUGAAUUUUGACUUUGAUGGUGCCAGGCAGAAGUUGCAGGACUGCCAGACGGUGCUCUACAACGAUUUCUUCCUCAUUUCCUGUCUGGAGGAGUUCGUGGAGAACGCGAGGUUGAUGAUCUUCGAGACUUUCUGCCGGAUCCAUCAGUGCAUCAGCAUCGGGAUGCUCGCGGAGAAGUUGAACAUGAACCCGGACGAGGCGGAGUGCUGGAUCGUGAAUUUGAUCAGGAACGCACGACUGGACGCGAAAAUCGACUCCAAGUUGGGGCAUGUGGUGAUGGGGGCGCAGCCCCUCAGCCCUUAUCAACAGUUGAUCGAGAAAAUCGACUCUCUAUCGGUGAAAUCGGAGACGCUCUGCGGCCUAAUCGAUCGCAAAUUGAAAGCGAAGACCGACAUCCGCUGGGGUAAUCAAGAUUUUUGAUAUACAUACAAGUGUGCUACUUCCUUGUAAAAACUUAAGUUAAUAAAGGUUUUUUUUUAGAGAA